UCUUGUUAUAAAGGUCACUGCAUCCUCCAGCCAUCAGGCAGCUCUUCCUGGCUCUGGUGCCUCUGGGUGUCGGCAUGGCACUGAGCACGGUUCUUGUCCUUUUGAGCCUCCUGCCACUGCUGGUGGCUCAGAAGCCAGAACAUGCCAAUUUUACAGACAUGCCUAUUACCAAUGGCACCCUGAACUGGCUCUCUGGUAAAUGGUUUUACAUCGGUUCGUCUUUACGCAACCCCGAGUUCAAACAGGAAGCUCAAAAGAUCCAGGCGGAUUUCUUUUACUUUCACCCCAACUUGACAGACGACACUAUUCUCCUCCAAGAGUACCAGACCAUAGAGGGCCGGUGUGUCUAUAACUCCAGCCAGCUUGGAGUCCAGAGAGAAAAUGGGACCCUCUCCAAAUAUGAAGGGGCAAUAGAACACUUUGCCCACCUGAAGCUGAUGAAGAAACAUAGAGGCUUCACGCUUGCCUUUUUCCCGGAGGAUGAGAAGAACAAGGGCCUGUCCUUUUAUGCUGACAAGCCAGAUAUUGCUCCGGAGCUAAAGGAACAAUUCCAGAAGGCUGUCGAAAGUAUGGGCAUGGAUGAGUCAGAAAUCAUCUAUGUCGACUGGAAGAAGGAUGUGUGCAGUCAGGAGCAGAAGCAGCCUGAUCUGGAUAAGAAGACAGAGAAGGACCCCUAGGAAGGCCAGGCAUGA